AUGGUUUUCUCCAAGCUUUUUAAGAAGCCUAUCCUUCUCAUUGUCACUUACUUGACUGUUACUGUUGUAGCUGAAACUGUUCCUACUUCAGCUCAAGUUCAAGUUAAGUCCUUCAACUAUGAUGGCUCUACUCUUUCAGGUCAAAUUUAUGUUCAAAACAUUGCUUACGAAAAGACUGUUACUGUCGUUUACUCUGAUGGCUCUGAUAACUGGAAUAACAAUGGUAACACCAUUGCUGCCAGCUAUUCUUCUUCUAUUUCAGGUAGCAAUUACGAAUACUGGACUUUCUCUUCUUCUGUUCCUAGCAUCAAGCAAUUCUAUAUCAAGUAUGUCGUUGCUGGCAAGACUUACUAUGAUAACAAUGGUACAAAGAACUAUCAAGUGAGUGCAAGCACCCCUACUACCACUACUACCACUACUUCUUCUGGAGCCACCAAGACUACUACUACCAUUGGCCCUACUUCUACAAGUACUGUCUUCCCCUCUGGCAACUCUACCAUUUCUUCUUGGCUCAAGGGUCAAAUUGAAACCAGUCGUUUUGCCAUGCUCCGUAACAUCAACCCUGCUGGUACUGUCAAGGGUUUCAUUGCUGCUUCUUUGUCUACUGCUAACCCUGACUAUUUCUAUGCCUGGACCCGUGAUGCUGCUUUAGUCGGCCAUGUUAUUGCCAAUGACUACAACCGUACCUUAGCUGGUAACAGCACUUACCUUGGUCUUUUGAAGGACUAUGUUACUUUCUCUGUCAACUCUCAAUCUACUUCUACUAUCUGUAACUGUCUCGGUGAACCCAAGUUUAACAAGGAUGGUUCUGGCUACAGCGGUGCAUGGGGCCGUCCUCAAAAUGAUGGCCCUGCUGAACGUGCUGAUACAUUCAUCUUGAUUGCUGACAGUAUCUUGAAACAAACUGGUGAUGCUACCUAUGUAACUGGUACCUUGCGUCCUGCUAUCUACAAGGAUUUGGACUACGUUGUCAAUGUUUGGUCUAACGGUUGUUUCGAUUUGUGGGAAGAAGUUAAUGGUGUUCACUUUUACACUUUGAUGGUCAUGCGUCGUUCUUUGAUUUUGGGUGCCAACUUUGCUUCUCGUAACGGUGAUUCUACUCGUGCCAGUACUUACACCAACACUGCCAACUCUAUCAAGACCAAGAUUGACACCUUCUGGUCUUCUUCCAACAACUAUGUUGCUGUCAGUCAAAGCGUCACUGGUGGUGUCAACAAGGCUGGUUAUGAUGUUGCUAACUUGAUUGCUGCUAAUGUUGGUAGUCUCGAUGACGGUUUCUACACUCCUGGUUCCGAAAGAAUUCUCGCUACUGCUGUUGCUGUUGAAAGUAAAUUUGCUUCUAUUUACGGUGUUAACCAAAACUUGCCCAGCUGGCUCGGUAACUCUAUCGGUAGAUACCCUGAAGACACUUACAAUGGUAACGGUAACUCUCAAGGUAACCCUUGGUUCAUUGCCACUAAUACUUAUGCUGAGCUCUACUACCGUGCUAUCAAGGAAUGGACCAACAACGGUGGUGUCACCGUCACUAAUGUUAACUUCAACUUCUUCAAGAAGUUUGAUAGCAGUGCUUCUGUUGGUACCAAGUACACUGUUGGUACCUCUGCCUUUAACACCUUGACUCAAAAUGUUGCUCUUGCUGCUGACAAUUUCUUCUCUACUGUUAAGGUUCAUGCUGCCACCAAUGGUUCUAUGUCUGAACAAUUCGGUCGUGAUAGCGGUGUCAUGACUGGUGCUCGCGAUUUGACUUGGUCUCACGCCAGUUUGAUUACUGCUGCUCUUGCCAAGACAGGUGCUCCUGUAGCUUAA